GCUGCAGGUGGCGUAUAUCCUGGUGGUUUGACAACAUACAGUUCUGUUUUAGAGAAGAUGGACUGCAUUAACACGCCGAGCUGUGCAUGUAUGUCGAAGUAGACUACAUUUUCCUGCCGGUGUAAAAGCUGCAGACGCUGCUGAAGUCGACGCUUGGAGCUAAGCAGCUGAUUGGCUGAUGGGCAGAUCACAAUAUUGUGCGUUUUCAUAGUGCCGGAUUGCUCCGUAUUUUACUUCAUCGAUCUGGGAAUCAGUAUGGACAUGUAGUGUCGAAAUUUCUCCAAAACAUCCUCGACUUGUCAUUAUUAAUCUGAUGCCUGCUGUGAUUUGGACCUGACGUCGCCAAAUCCCCAUAGGCCUUAUCUGUUUUAUACCAUCUGUGUCGAUAGAAACAUCGAUAAGGUCGUGGAUUACUUCGCAGAAAAACAAGAGCACCACUGUCAGUCAACAUAGCAGAGAAAUACAAUGAGUUUCUUCAGUUUCGGGCAAAGUGCAGACAUAGAUGUGGUGCUGAAUGAUGCCGAAACGAGGAAGAAGGUUGAGCACAAGACUGAGGAUGGAAAGAAAGACAAAUACUUUCUUUUUUAUGAUGGAGAGACUGUCAGUGGGAAGGUGAAUGUGACGCUGAAGAACCCUGGGAAGAGACUGGAGCACCAAGGGAUCAAGAUUGAGUUUGUGGGCCAGAUAGAGCUGUACUACGACAGAGGAAACCAUCAUGAGUUUGUGUCCCUGGUGAAAGACCUGGCGAGACCUGGAGAAAUCACUCAGUCGCAGACCUUCGACUUUGAGUUCACUCAUGUGGAGAAACCGUAUGAGUCUUACACAGGCCAGAAUGUCAAGCUACGAUACUUUUUAAGGGCUACAGUCAGCAGAAGACUGAACGACAUCAGUAAAGAGAUGGACAUUGUGGUCCACACACUGAGCACUUACCCCGAACUCAACUCAUCCAUAAAGAUGGAAGUGGGAAUCGAGGACUGUCUCCACAUUGAGUUCGAGUACAACAAAUCCAAGUACCACCUGAAAGAUGUAAUUGUGGGGAAAAUCUACUUCCUGCUGGUGAGGAUUAAGAUCAAGCACAUGGAGAUAGACAUCAUCAAACGUGAGACAACAGGCACUGGGCCCAGUGUGUACCAUGAAAAUGACACUAUUGCCAAGUAUGAGAUCAUGGAUGGGGCACCUGUCAGAGGAGAGUCGAUUCCGAUUCGGCUGUUCCUGGCCGGCUAUGACAUGACGCCCACCAUGCGAGACAUCAAUAAGAAGUUUUCUGUGCGCUACUACCUGAACCUUGUGCUGAUUGAUGAGGAGGAGAGACGCUACUUCAAACAGCAGGAAAUCACGCUGUGGCGGAAAGGAGACGUGGUGAGGAAGAGCAUGUCUCACCAGGCCACCAUCGGUGCUCAGAGGUUCGAGGGCUCUGCCGCUUCGGAGAGCGCACUAGAACAGGCAGCCAAGGAGGAAAGUGGGUAGCGCCGCCGUCCUCCAGCCUCCUCUGUCAGAAGACUCAUCGGUGUGUGUGGCGUGACGGCGGAGGCUCCUGUCAACCCUUAAUGUCCGAUGAAGCAGCUUUCUCGUCUGUCCUGGCUGCUGCAAAAGGGAGGAAGAAGGGAGACCGACAUACAUGUGAACAAGGAAAAAGAACAGUUUGCAUGAGCCAUUCCUCAUGGCUUCGGGCUGCUGGUCUUGUCCAUCAUUAACACGUAAUUAUUAUAAUUAUUAUUAUUAUUUUUUUUUUUUUUUAAAAAAGAGAAAAUCAGACUAAUCAUGUGUUAUGACCUCCUCUGUGCGAGAGAUUCUUUAAUUUCACUUUCAAGUGACCAACCCUUUUUGUUUGUCUCAAGCUUUUGGAGUAAAUUAAUUUUAAUCUUAACAACAUGAAGCUAAACAGUCGCGGAGUUUCAGUGAAAUGUAACGGAUUUCCAACAUUCCACGUUUAAUCAAAUCAUUCCUAACAUUGCUGUAAGGUCAAGAAAUCUGAAAUAACUUUGCACUGCUAUAUUUUGCUCAAUACAUUAUUACAUUGUUUUUGUCUUUGUAUUUGUGUGUUUGCACAAAAAAAAAAAAAAAAAAAAAAAAAAAACAGUGGAAGUGGGAACUGGAAUGGGAAUGAGAUUUCUUUUUGUUU